AUGUCCAAUGGAACUGGUGGAGCCUGGUACAUUCCACCAACCUGGCUAUCAUCCUCCGUUGUCCAACCGGAGACCAUAAUCGACGCGGCUCUCCUGGCCUCUCAAGCCGCAACAAAUGCCAAUAAACACCGAACGAUAUCCCAUUCUUCCAUCCCUUUACUUCUUCAUCAAACAUGGAAGAACCGACGCAUCGACACGUGGUCGGAUCUCCUCCGUGACAGCGUGGAGAAAUGGUUGUACCACGUCAUUUCCGACGACAUGGCCUAUUUCUUCUGGGAGGACGAGGGGAUCAUCCGCAUGCUCGCCGAGUUUGAACCCGAUUUUGUCGACAGUUUCAAAUCCUUACCGGCUAGCGUUGAACGGCCGGAUGUCUUUCGUAUUUUGGUUCUCAAGUGGUUUGGCGGUGUUUACACCGACGUUGACACCCAACCACUCCGACAACCAUCGACCUGGGUCUCCUCCUCCGAUCUCUUCCCCUGGACCGACCCCAUGACCGAAACCAUCUAUGACUGCCCUUCUGACUCUGUCAACUUGAUCCUCGGCAUCGAAGCCGAUUGCGACCCUGAUUCCAACUCUUAUUGGCGCAUGGGCUAUUCGUAUCCAAUCCAAUUGACACAGUGGACCCUAGCCGCUGCGCCUGGCCACCCCGUCCUAUUACGCUUCAUGGACAUCCUCACCCGGCGCCUGCAGGACAUCUCUUCCCGCAAUGGUGGAGACAUUGCGUCCUCUUCUGCCAUCGAGGAACUGCGACAUAUUGGCCCGCUGGCCCUCACGGGUCCCGUCGCUGUUACUGUCGCGACCAAAACGUGGCUCGAGGAACAAGUUGGGCUCCGCUGGAAUGCGUUGACGGGUCUCCAUGAUGGAGGGAAAAGUAAAGUGGUGGAAGACGUGUUGAUUCUGCCGAUUACGGGAUUAAGUCCCGGAAGAGGCUACUACGGCAACAUGGGCUCGAAACCCGUAACGCACCCGUCAGCGCGCGUCUGGCAUCACGCACAAGGGUCGUGGCGCUCUUUCCAUCCGAAAGCAGAGUUCGGCAAGUUUUGUAGGACGUUCUUUGGGCUGUGUCGCGAGUGGGAGAAACAGUCGGACUAA